UUUGAAGGAGCGUGGAAUAUCUUCUGGUUUCAAGAGAGCCUGAACAGACACCUGGCUCACCACGACCCAGAUGCCAACCCUGAGAAGCAGAAGUGCAAGCGACCCAAGAAGGACUGGCAGAAGCGUCUGGAAGGCCACCAGCUGCCCCUGAUGGAGGAUGACCUGCGACGCCUCUUCGCAUUGCGCAUGAGGGUGUCACGACGGGCCACGGUGGAGGUUAACCUCUCAGGCCUCUUCAACGAGCGCAAGAUCCCUCACUUUGUGGAAUCGGCGGUCAACCUGUGUGACCUCUUUAGCAUCAAGCCUCAAUCCUCCUUCCCUGCAGAGCGAGGCCCUGUGGAGGUCACACAGCCAGAGGUCACUGUGGUCAAGGGUUUAACUUGUACUCUGAAAGUGCCGUAGUACUAUAUUGAGGUUUAAUUGUAAAUACUAGUGAAGUACCAUUGCUCUUUUAGUUGCACUAAACUGAGAUCUUGAAUGAAUUAAAACAUUUUUUUAUGGUA